AUGGAUCUCAAAGUAGAAACUGAGGAAAUGGAUUCAGAGCAACCUCCGCCCAUAGAAGUUUUUGCGCACAGGUCGACCCUCCACGGAAUCUCCCACAUCUUCACCUACGAGCGGUUCUGCAUCAAACGCUGCCUGUGGCUCGUUGUCUUCUUGGGCUCCCUGACCUUCUUGCUGUACGUGUGCGUGGACCGGAUCCACUUCUACCUCGAAUACCCGCACGUUACCAAACUGGACGAGGUCACGACCCCGAUCAUGACGUUCCCCGCGGUCACAUUCUGCAACCUGAACGCGUUCCGCUUCAGUCGGGUCACGCGCAACGACCUGUACCAUGCAGGAGAGCUGCUGGCCCUGCUCAACCAAAGGUACGAGAUCAGGGACGUACACCUCGUGGAGGAAAGUGUGCUGGAGAGCCUGAAGGUCAAAGCCGACUUCCACAAUUUCAAGCCAAGAUCCUUCAACAUGUGGGAGUUCUACGACCGCACCGGGCACGACAUCAAUGACAUGCUGCUGUCCUGCCACUUCCACGGCACAGAGUGCAGGCCAGAGGACUUCAAAGUGGUAAGUCUCUUUUUCCAGAAGAUCCGUUGGGGUGACAGUGCUGCACUGCAGAACACAGCCAUGUCACAUGACAGCGAAACCUCAGGGGAGCACAGAGACUGCAGUGUUCUAAGUCUGGAGCUGGAGUUGCUUUCCUACACCUGUGCCAACUGGGAACCCCUG